AUGGCCAUAGAACCAGUGGAAGAGUGUUACAGGUCCCCAGACCUUAGCACAACAGAUGCCACGAAUGGAAGUACCAUUCGGGCCUUGAAACUCAGCACACGGCGUACGAGAGGAAAUGUUAUACAGAAAGGCACAGCAGCGGAAUUUAUCCAGAGUGCACUGGGAGAGCGAGAGCGCAGGGAAAAUGUCAGCGGCUCUGCAAACACUGAUGCAGCGUGGCGUAUCAUCACCAGAAAGAGAUGUGAGCAAUCGGGGCAGUCAAACAUUUGCCGGAAGAAUGGCUCAAUGUUGUCUGAUGUGUGCGAGAGCCGUAACACAGAGGGAGAAUUCUCAGGGGCUGGAGACGCAGCUCAGUGGGAGAGGUCCCGCCCAGAAUGUAUACGACUCUGGGUGAGGAACUCUGAUGGGCAGCAGAAGCAGAAGGAGAAGGUACAAGGGUCUCAGCUGCUGCAGCUGGCAGUAGACCCUGGCAUUUUCCACAGGAUACUCAUUUUCCAGGCUUGCAUGAGUUAUGUGGUCAUAGAAACUUCUGCUCAGAUUUUAGAGAAAGUCCUAGGAGGCCAGGCAGUGACAAAAAAGAAGACCUUGUCCUAAGAAGAUCUCAUCUCCUACAUCUUUUUGCUUAUGACAGAAGCAACCAAUGAGCAUCUGUUGGCAUCCAUGGCUUAUGACAGCUAUGUGACCAUUCUUCAGAAUCCACUUCUCAUGAGUGCGAAGGUCUGUGUCUGCUUGGUGGCCGGCUCGUGGCUCUGUGGCUGGGUGAAUUCCGUGACUCACACAGCACUGGCAGCCACACUCACCCUGUGUGGACCCAACCAGAUCAGCCACUUUCUCUGCGACAUCCCGCUGCUCCUGAAGCUCUCCUGCUCAGACACCUCUGUCAAUGAGUCUGUGCUCCACGUGGCCAGUGCCACCAUUGGCCUGAGCCCCUGCCUGUUCACUGCAGGCUCCUACAUAUUCAUCAUCUCCGCCAUCCUUAGGAUUCCCUCUGCUCAGAGCCGAAGAAAGGCCUUCUCCACCUGUGCUUCCCACCUCACCGUGGUGGUGGUCUUUUAUGGAACAGCCAACUUCAACUAUGACAGACCCAGGGAAGGCUACUCCCUGGACAUGGACAUCUUAGUGUUUGUUCUCUUCUGUGUUGUGACCCCCAUGUUGAACCCCAUCAUCUACAGCCUGCAAAACAAAGAGGUCAUGGGUGCCCCAAGGAAGCUUACUAGAAAACAUGUUUUUUCUGGUCACAUAAUACCGUUUUCUGAGAAUAUUGUUAGUUAUGGGAGAAGAUGA